AUGGGCUUCCCUAACCUCGCCGAAGAGAUUGGUCUCCGAGGCAAGUUGCACCCCCUCAAUCGCUGGUUGAUUACCAGGUCCUACAUUGUACCGUAUGCGCCUUCACAAGCCGACGUCGCCUGCUUCAAGGCCAUUGAUGCCGUCCCCGAUGCCUCGCUGCACCCGCAUGCCGCUCGAUGGUACCGACACAUGACCUCCUACGAGACCGAGUUCGCCGAUCUUCCGGGUGAUUCUUCCAAGCUCUACAAAGAGUACGGACCGGAAGAGUCUGUUUCUUCUACAAAGCUCGACGUCGCCGACGAGAAUGACGAAGAUGUCGAUCUGUUUGGCAGCGAUGAAGAGGAAGACCCGGAGACGGUGCGCAUUCGCGAGCAGCGCUUGGCUGAUUACAAGGAGCGAAAGGCGGCCAAGCCAAAGACUACUGCCAAAUCUCUCGUCACUAUCGACGUCAAACCAUGGGAUGACGAGACCGACAUGGAAGCGCUGCAAGUAGCCGUUCGCGGUAUCGAGAAAGACGGCUUAGUUUGGGGAACAUCCAAGCUAGUCUCCGUAGGAUACGGCAUCAAGAAACUGCAGAUUAACCUGAUUGUCGAGGACGACAAGGUCUCGACUCAGGACCUCCAGGAUGAGAUUGAAGCCUUUGAGGACUUUGUCCAGUCGUCCGAUAUUGUCGUUUUCCAAAAGCUGUAG